UCUAACUACGUUAUGUUAUCACUGAAAACAUACUGUAAACCAAAAACAAAUAGACAAUGGUUUUCUCUUCAGUUAUCUCGUCAUCACUUUCCCUUUAUCUCCCAAGAAAACAUCACCAACAACGACAAACACUUCGACGACCAAUCCAAUGUUGUUCAUCAUCGUCGUCUAUGCCAGUUUCAACCCAACCAAGAUCGACCCAGUUCGAUUUAAAGACAUACUGGGUCAAUUUGAUGGCCGAGAUUAAUCAGAAGCUUGACCAAGCUAUUCCGGUUCAGUUCCCAGAGCAGAUCUAUGAGGCCAUGAGAUACUCUGUUCUCGCUAAAGGGGGUAAGCGGGCUCCUCCGGUUAUGUGCGUCGCUGCUUGUGAGCUCUUUGGCGGUGACCGCCUCGCCGCCUUUCCUACUGCCUGCGCUCUUGAAAUGGUGCAUGCAGCUUCAUUGAUUCAUGAUGAUCUUCCUUGCAUGGAUGACGAUCCAUCACGCCGAGGGCAGCCCUCAAACCAUACAGUGUAUGGUGUUGAUAUGGCAAUCCUUGCUGGGGAUGCACUUUUCCCGCUUGGCUUCCGCCACAUCGUUUCUCACACACCAACCAAUCUAGUUCCAGAAACGCGCAUUCUCCGUGUGAUUGCGGAGAUUGCUCGUGCUGUGGGUUCCACAGGGAUGGCUGCAGGGCAGUUUGUUGACCUUGAGGGGGAGCCCAAUUCUGUAGAAUUUGUUCAAGAGAAGAAGUACGGUGAAAUGGGCGAGUGCUCUGCAGUAUGCGGAGGAUUACUCGCCGGCGCUGAAGACGAUGAAAUACAAAGAUUGAGAAGGUACGGAAGAGCAGUUGGGGUAUUAUAUCAAGUGAUUGAUGAUGUGUUGGAAGCAAAAACAAUGAGGACGGAAGAUGAGGAGAAGAAGAACAGCAAAGCUAAGAGUUAUGUUAGUUUAUAUGGGGUUGAGAAGGCGAUGAAGGUUGCAGAAGAGCUUAGAAUCCAGGCGAAGAAGGAAUUGGACGGGUUUCAGAAGUACGGUGAUCGUGUCAUGCCACUAUCUAGCUUUGUGGAUUAUGCUGCAGAUAGAGGUUUUAGUAUUGGAGAAUUAAGCUGAUGGUAAAUCUCAGACUUACUGCUACUUUUUCAUCACAGCAUCAACCUGAUAGCUUGGCAUCCAGAAGUAUACAGAAGACCGUUGUUAGCGAUCAAUGGCUGUGAUUUAUUGUUUUGUUUUUUCUUUCAAUUCCUUUUAUGCUAUAGUUCUCUUUGACAUGCUGAUGUAAGCAAGUUAGUUAGGUAACAGCCCUAUGUAAAUGACUGUUGUAUACUGUACUCGGCUAAUUUUCAUUCAAACAAGUUUUAAAUUA